CAUAUGCUUGAAGUCUUGAAAGUUCGUAGAAUGGUGGGAGAAAUGAGUUUUGAAUUUGAAUUUAUGCAAAAGCAAUCAUCAGGGGGAUUUGAAUACAUACUUAACUAUUUGAAGGGUCUUGAUAUCAGAGGUGGUCUUAGGCAAGCACCAUUUGGACUUGAAAGAAUGAGAGAUGCCAAGUUUGUUCUGAAUGCUUAUUCAUAUAAUGGAUUGAUCUAUUUGCUGCUUCAAUCUGGGUUUAGGGAGGCUCUGCAGAUUUAUAGAAGAAUGGUUUCUGAAGGUCUAAAGCCUAGUCUUAAAACUUACUCAGCCCUCAUGGUAGCGUCUGGGAAGAGAAGGGAUACUGGAACAGUUAUGGAUUUUCUAGAAGAGAUGGAAUCUUUGGGAUUGAAGCCAAAUGUUUACACUUUUACAAUAUGUAUUAGAGUGCUUGGUAGGGCUGGGAAAAUUGAUGAUGCAUUUGGGAUCUUGAGGAGAAUUGAUGAUAUAGGGUACAGACCUGAUGUUGUUACUUAUACUGUUCUCAUUGAUGCUCUUUGUAAUGCUGGGAGACUUGAUCAAGCCAAGGAAAUAUUCUUAAGGAUGAAAUCUAGCAGCCAUAAACCUGACAGAAUAACAUACAUUACUUUGUUGGACAAGUUUAGUGACCGGGGAGACUUGAACGUGGUGAAAGAAUUUUGGAAUGAAAUGGAAGCUGAUAGUUAUGCUCCAGAUGUGGUUACUUGCACCAUACUUAUUGAUGCUUUCUGCAAAGUUGGAAAUUUAGAUGAAGCUUUUGAUUUGAUGGAGGACAUGAGAAAGCAAGGGGUCUCCCCCAAUCUUCAUACUUACAACACAUUAAUCUGUAGACUAUUGAGGCUAAAUAGGGUUAAUGAGGCAUUGGAACUUUUCACAAAUUUGAAAUCUCUAGGCAAUAAACCUACUGCUUAUACAUACAUAAUUUUCAUUAAUAGGAAUUGUCCUAAUGUUAUUGGUUGCAAUACAUCUUUGUAUAGUCUCGCUCAAGCAGGGAGGCUUCAUGAAGCAAAAGCUAUUUUCAGUGAGCUUAAAAGUAGUGGGCUUGCUCUAGAUUCAGUGACCUGCAACAUGAUGAUGAAGUGCUACAGUAAAGUUGAAGUGGAUAAAGCCAUUAAGUUACUCUCUGAGAUUUUGGAAAAUCAGUAUGAACCUUAUAUAAUGAUCAUUAAUUCCAUGAUUGACAUGCUUUUCAAGGCUGGCCAAGUGGACGAGGCGUGGAAAAUGUUCCACAAAAUGAAGGAAAUGUCACUUGCUCCUUCAGUUGUGACCUAUAACACAUUAAUAGCUGGACUAGGGAAAGAAGGUCAAGUCCAAAAGGCGAUUGAAUUGUUCCAGAGUAUGGCCAGAUAUGGGUGUCACCCUAACACAAUAACUUUCAACAUCCUUUUGGAUUGCCUUUGCAAGAACAAUGAGGUUGAUUUGGCUUUGAAAAUGCUGUAUAAAAUGAUACCAAAGAACUGUAUGCCUGAUGUUCUGACUUAUAACACUGUUAUUUAUGGCUUUAUUAAAGCAGACAGAGUUAAGGAUGCUAUUUGGGUCUUUCAUCAGAUGAAGAAAUUGCUUUACCCUGACAAUGUGACAUUGUACACCCUUCUUCCCGGCAUUGUAAAGGAUGGGCAGGUUAUGGAUGCCUUCAAGAUUGCUCGGGACUUUAUUUAUCAAGAUGGGAUCUAUACAAACGGGUCAUUUUGGGAAGAUUUAAUGAGUGGGAUUUUGAUUAAAGCUGGAAUGGAUAAAGCUGUUCAAUUUGCUGAGAUAUUGGCAUGCAAUAAGAUCUAUAAGGAUGAGUCUGUUUUGGUGUCUCUAAUUAGAAAUUUGUGUAAGCAUAAAAAAGCUAUUGUUGCAAGAGAAUUGUUUGCAAAUUUCACAAAAAAUAUGGGGCUUAUCGCAACACCAACAACUUAUAAUUUGUUAAUUGAUGGACUACUUGAAGUCCAUAACACUGAAAUGGCUUGGGAUAUUCUACCUAUAAUUUGUUGUUCUCUGGAUAUUUCUACCUAUAAUUUGUUGCUUGAUGCUUGUGGGAAGUCUGGUUAUAUUGAUAAACUCAUUGAAGUUUAUGAAGAUAUUACUUUUCGCGGAUGCAAGCUUAAUACUAUAACUCAGAAUAUAGUCCUUUCAGGUCUUGCAAAGUCAAACAACCUAGAAAAGGCUAUGAAUAUGUAUUAUAAUCUCAUAAGUGGCGAUUUCCGUCCGACUCCCUGUACAUAUGGGCCUCUUAUAGAUGGACUACUAAAAUUGGGAAGACUCGAUGAUGCAAAGCAAUUGUUUGUGGAAAUGGAAGAAUACGGAUGCAAAGCAAAUUGUGUUCUUUAUAAUAUUCUUAUAAAUGGAUAUGGGAAAGCUGGUGAUGUAGAUACUGCUUGUGAGCUAUUUAAAAAGAUGGCUAUGGAGGGGAUAAGGCCAGACUUGAAGUCCUACACCAUUCUUGUAGACUGCCUCUGUUUGGUGGGAAGAGUCGAUGAUGCUUUGCACUAUUUCGAGGAACUGAAGUCAACUGGCCUUGAUCUUUUGGUAUCUUAUAACCUUAUGCUUAAUGGGCUUGGGAGGUCUGGUAGGACAGAUGAAGCUCUCUCUCUCUUUUUUGAUGAAAUGCGGAAUAGGGGUAUAACUCCUGAUCUUUACACCUAUAAUUCCUUAAUACUCAAUCUUGGGAUUGUCGGAAUGACGGAGCAAGCAGGUAAGUUUUAUGAAGAACUACAACUUAUGGGUCUUGAACCCAAUGUGUUCACCUACAAUGCUCUAAUUCGAGGGUACAGCGUUGGAAAUUCAGACGAUGCCUAUGCAAUCUACAAACAGAUGAUGGUUGGGGGCUACGGCCCAAACAAGGGAACAUUUGCUCAGCUUCCUAAUCAAUCUUGAAAGUUGAAAUAUAUAGAUCCUUACAUGCUACUCAUUAUACCUGGCUGGUGACCUCAGUGUACUGGGUGGAGCAGGUUUGGUUAGUUUCGUGGUGGCUUCAACUAGCCUUUCAGCAGUUCAGAGAGUAGACUCUAUCUUUUAGCUGUGGCCGUUGAUGUUUCCUAUCCAAGUGUCAUGGAGACUGAAUAUUUCAUGUACAUCAUGUUAUGAUGUAAUACAAUGGUUUUAGUAAGUAUAGAUGCCAUACAGGACCUUUCAUCUGUGUUGCCUUUGGCUUGCAUUGUGCCAUUGUCCGUUGCUCCACGUAAAAAGAAAAUAGAACUUUAGAUCAUUCCGUUUUAUUGGUGUAAUAUGUAUAUGGAAAACAUCUGUAUUUUCUC